AAACUUAGUUCUGAAAUGGAAAAGAGUAAUCGUGUUACAAUUGAAAAUAGGAGAGUCAAAAAACUGUCUUGGGAUGUGCACUUCUGGCUUGGAUCAGAGACGUCUACUGACGAGGCCGGAUCUGCAGCUAUUUUCACUGCAGUUGAUGAUUUGUUGAACGGGGGUCCGAUCCAACACCGCGAGGUGCAGGACCACGAGUCACAGUUAUUUCUCGGCUACUUCAAAAAUGGUAUUCGCUACCAACAGGGCGGCGUCGGAUCUGGUUUCAAACACGUAGAGAGCAAUGCCCAGGGGGAGAAGCGACUAUUUCAGGUCAAGGGCAAGCGCAACGUGCGAGUACGCCAAGUGUACCUGUCCGUAUCGUCGAUGAACAAGGGCGAUUGCUUUAUUUUAGAUGCCGGAAGCGAUAUAUAUGUCUACGUGGGCUCCCAGGCAAAGCGAGUCGAGAAACUGAAGGCAAUAAGCGCUGCAAACCAGAUCAGGGACCAGGAUCACAACGGUCGUGCCCGAGUUCAAAUCAUCGACGAAUUUAGCAUUGAUUUCGAUAAACAGCAUUUCUUUGAUGUGCUUGGGUCGGGUUCAGAUGACAAGGUGCCUGAGGAGUCAGCCUCCGACGAGGAUGGUGCGUUCGAGAGGUUAGACGCCGCAGCGGUUAUCCUCUACAAGGUUAGCGACUCCAGUGGCAAACUGAAAGUCGACGUAAUUAGCCAAAAACCAUUAACCCAGACUAUGCUGGAUACACACGAAUGCUUUAUCCUCGACACCGGUUCCGGAAUAUUCGUUUGGGUCGGAAAGGGCGCCUCUCAAAAGGAGAAGACUGAUGCCAUGAUCAAAGCACAGGAGUUUUUACGCAGCAAAAAGUACCCGGCGUGGACUCAAAUUCACCGCAUUGUGGAAGGCGCUGAGUCUGCACCAUUUAAGCAGUAUUUUGCUACCUGGCGUGAUGUUGGAAUGGCGCAUACUCGUCUCAUUCGCUCGGCUUUGGACAUCGGCUCUUAUGAAUCACUAGAUUUCGACCAAAUCGACGGUGUGGUGUCUCAGAUGAAGAAGAGCGGCGGUCGGGACUUCGGCUUCAUGCCUGAUCAUGGUCAAAACUGUAUUGAAACCAUUACCCAGCAUGUUACGAAGACGGGCUCUGAUGAAAUCUUGGGCAACACCGUGUCUUUUGAGAAGAGCGUCCCCCUUCAGGGAUUCGCUUCAUAUGUUCUCACUUAUAACUAUGAAGACAAUAACGGAGACACUGGUUCCAUAACGUAUGUUUGGCAGGGAAAAAAUUCUUCCUCACGUGCCGUGAAGAUGGGUCUAGAUGUCGCAGAAAAGCAGGAAGGUCUUAUUGUGUUGGUCAACCAUGGCCACGAGCCUCGCCACUUCUAUAAGAUAUUUAAAGGACAGUUGAUAACAUUACGAGGCACCGUAGAAAGCGAUGUGCAUGCCAAUGAGGUACCUGCUGAAAGUUUAUCCUUGGCCUCGCGUGAUGCCUUCGUCCUUCUUUCUGGACAGUCCCACAGGAUAUAUAUUUGGAACGGCAUGGGCGCAUCUGCCUUUGAGAAAAAAGUUGCCUUAAAUCGCUUCUCCCUGUACUGGGAUGACGUUGAGUUUGAGAAUGUGGAGGAGGGUGCGGAAUCAGAUGAGUUCUGGGAGGAGUUAAACGGCGAAGGCCAGUACGAUCGGAGCUUGAGCGAUCCAGGGGCACCGCUGCUGGAUCCGCGCCUUUUCCAUUGCCGUUUAAGCUCUAAUGAAUUUAUUAAAUUUGAGGAAGUGGCUAAGUACGAACAAGAGGACUUGGACUCCGAUGACGUCAUGCUAAUGGAUGCUGGAGAUGAGCUCUACUUAUGGGUUGGCUCUUGCACGACUGAUGAGGAAAAUUCGAAGUUUCUAGAUAUGGCUAAGGUUUUGUGUCAGAAAGGGAUCACUCUGUUCAACAUAUAAUUCUUUGUUAAUCCA